UUCCUGAAGAGGGGGGCAGUGGUUGGAAAAGGAUGGGGGAGGUGCUGUGUCAUUUUUCCUUCGGCAAGAGAGGGAGUGACGGCUUGGAAGGACAAGGUGGUGUGGCAGGGAGGGAGAACAUGGAGAAAGACCCAAGUACAUCCUCGGUGGCGAGGCAAUCCUAUGCGACAGCUCUAAAGACGGGAUAUGCUUCGGGGGUUCAGAGUGUGGGGGGUAUGCCAAUCACGCCUCAAGACCAGCUUCUCGAGAUGCACAAUUCUCUAAAGGAGAUGGAAACCCAACUUGUCGAGUUGAAGAUAGCGAUAACUUUCUUGUCUACGAAAAUAGAUCGGCUUUCAGCUGGAGGCAACAGGGUGGUAAGAAACAUGAUAGGCCCGAAUCCUUUAAACCUAGAAAAAGGAAAACGGAAGAUCGGAUUCGGCCCUGUCCCUAUAACUAGAUCCAGAAGAGUAUGGCGUGUCAAAAGGAAAUCUGGGUUAUUUGAAGUGGGGUCUACAUCGGGUAUUGGCGUAGAGACAUCAGUAAUGGAAUGUCAUUCGCCUCGUGUAACACAGGAUAGAUCGGAGUUGAAGGAAAAAGGUGUACUACCGAGGUCUGAAGGAGAUGUAGGAUCUGCUAUCACCCUAGAGGUGAAGGGACUUGUUGUCACCUCAGAAUCUCCAAUAGGGACCCAGAUACCAUUGGAGAGAACCAAUGGAGUUACUGGAGAAUCAAUGGGUUUGGCGUUGGUGCCUUGUGUAGAGGAAUGUCUAGAGUCGGGAGUGCAGGUUGAUGGGGAUAUUGUGGCUCCCCUAGUCUCUCUUCCUCUAAUAGCGGAUUGGAUUUUGCCUAAAGUUAACGAGAUUCAGCAGUUUGUGGGAAUUUCACAUGGAGGAUGUGAAGACCAAUUUAACGAACUAAUUAUUGUGAUCGAGGCAAGCCGCACACUUGAAACCAAAUCAAGCUUCAAGAAAAGCAGGGAGUUACAACGUCUCUUUUCGACAAUCAACUACGACACUAAGGGUGGUAGUUCAACUAGAGGGAAGUCUAAAGGGAGGGUAUUGUGAAGACGGGAAUCAAUGUGUUGGGGUUGGUGUUCGGGUAGAGUUUUAGUUAUACGAGAAACAAGGAUUGGGGUCGGGUCUGAUGUACUUUGGGUUGGUUUUUUUAUGGGCUUUUUGGGUCAUUAGGGGCUUGU